AUGAAUAUUUGGAUAGCUGCCAGCGAUGGAAGAAUUGAUUUGGUUGAAAAGUUUUUAAAUAGUAAUACUGGAGUUACUGUAAAUAGCAAGGACGAAAAUGGUUACACGCCUGUGCAUGCUGCUGCUGCAUAUGGUCACAAUGAUCUACUAAGGAAACUGUGCAAUGAAUAUAAUGGUGAUAUUAAUAUUAGAGACUUCGAUGGUGAUACUCCUCUGCAUCAUGUUGAAGAUGUCAAUACUGCCAAAGUUAUUAUUGAAGAGUUGGAUGGGGAUUUCAAGUUGACCAACAACGAGGAUAAGACCGCAUUGGAAACCUUUGAAGAAGACUCUGAGUUUCCUGAACUAAUUACUUAUAUGAGGGAGAAGAUGGGUGUCACUGUGGAGGAUGAUGCCAGAUUGAGUGGUAUCGAUGCAGAACAAUUAGCACAGUUUAAAGAUAGUGUACGUUAUUCUUUGGAAAACGAUCCUGUUGAUGAAAAUGAUGUCGAGACUAUGGAACGUAGAAAAAAACUAGAAGCAAUCAUACAAGGUGAAAAUGUUGAACAAGAACUAGAAAAUUAUAUCAGGUCGAUUGUCAGAGGUCAAAUGAUAGGUAGUAGCAUGGACAAUGAAGAAAAUGUCCCUAACAAACGUCAAAAAUAA